CAGUCGUCCUCCUCGUCCUCCUCCCUAGCGUUAUUCAAGCUCGUACUACAGUGCUAAGCUAGCACAAGAAAGAUUUGGUGUGGCUUUCUUGCUCUGUGACCGCUAAAGAGAGCCCAAAAGCUGCACUGUACACAAGGGAGAAUAUGAGCGAAGGUGGUGUGAGUCCUGUGGAAGAGAAGAUGCUGUUCCCCUCACCCGUAGCGUCCGAACUCUGCUCUCAAAUGCCUCAAGCGUCGGUAGGCGAGACGAGAACGCGGCGGAGGAGGAGGAAGGCGAAGGGAGACGGAGCGGGAGGAGACGCGAAGAAGAAGCGGCUGAGCGACGAGCAGCUGAAGUUCUUGGAGAUGAGCUUCCAGGACGAGAGGAAGCUGGAGUCGGGGAGGAAGGUCCACCUCGCUACCGAGCUCGGGCUCGACCCGAAGCAGGUGGCCGUCUGGUUUCAGAACCGGCGGGCGCGGCACAAGAACAAGCAGGUGGAGGAGGCCUACGCCAAGCUCAAGAUGGCUCACGACGCCGUCGUCUUCGAGAAAUGCCACCUCGAGAAAGAGGUGUUCAAACUGAAGGGGAAGCUUUUGGAAGCCGAAGCGGAGAUAAGGAAGCUCUCGUUGGGCGCCAGCGGUGCUGGAGCUUCCGGCAGCAACGCCGAGAGAGGCGGCAGCAGCCCGAGCUCAUCCCUGUCAACUGUUAGCCACCAUCCAUUAGUCGGAGAGUUUGGGGUGGAAGGAGAAGCUGACCUCAUGAACAUACAAGAGUAUAACUUCAAUAGCUACAUGAUGGAGUGGGCUAAUUUCUAUGGUGUGUAAAAGUUAUUGCCAUUGUUGUCAUGAUUUAUGUGAUUAAUCCUCACCAGUUAAGGCUCUUCCACUGAAUCAUUCUCCUCACUGACAUCAACAAGAAUUUGUAGCUGUAAAGGCUGCUGUAGGAAUCUAAUCUUAUGUGUAAAAGGGAUUGUGUUCUAAGUGUUCAGUUUUGUGAGCCUUCUUAUUGUUGUCUCAAAUACAUCAGGUGGCAAAAGAGGUUUUAAUCUCA